CUACACAAACAUAUAAUGUUAUGAAAUUAUAUUAUAUAUUUUCUCGACACUAGUCGAAUUACGAUGGUUGACUCACGUGAUGAAUGAGGUCACGUGGAAAAGAUCAAAUAACUUAUUACCAAUCGAUUACUUAAACUCGCGGAGAGAAGAGAAGAGUUCUAGCUGUAAGGUUCGAAACACAUUGCUGUUUGAUGAUUAAGUACUUUGUGACACUUGUGCGGAAAAUAGUAGAGGUAUUUUUUUCUAUCGUUGUGCAAUAAUGUAGUACGAGUAAGAGAAAAAACUAUUACAAUUACCACUACAAAAUGUACAUUGCUACUAUUUUGUUAAUUACGUUCAUCAUAUAACGUAAUUUUUUUUUUUUUUUUUAUCGAUUCGCAUGAUAUUGUGAUACCAUUUUUUGUAAAUAUCUUGUACGACACUUCGUAGGAUUCCCAUAGCAAUUAAUGCGCAAUUCACGAGGGCUAAUGAUGCUGAAAGAAAUCAAAUUUUUAAUAGUCGUGUAAAACAUUAGCGUGUUGUACAUAUAUCUUUGUAACAAUUUUCACUUGCCGUUUCUUUUAUUUUUGUCAUCUGCUAUAUUUUUUACACACAUUCGUGUACAUAUUGCCAUAAACUUGCACUUAUUCUAUGCGACAUAUAAUAUUAUUCAUUUAAGGUAAACAUGUUGAACGUAUUGAAGAAAUGAAAGUAUAUUUUAUUUGCCGUUUUGUCAUACAUUGCGUCUAAAGAUAAAGUAGAUAAUUGCGUAACACGUAGUAUCUAAUAUCUUCUUCCGUAUUCCAUUGGUAUCAGUUUUAUUUUACAUAAUAUCGAGAAAAGUAAAGUGGAUGUACUGCGAGUGAAAUGCGAGUAACACCAGCACAGCAUGACUGAGAUAAUUCCGCAGAACUAUACUUUAAAACAAUUGUAAAAUACUUUUUCUAUUGUGCGCGACACACACGCACAUUCUCUAAUAUCAUACAUUACAUAUCGACGAAAAAUAUCACUGAUUGACGUGCAAGCGCGUUACAGCUCAAGUUCUUCGUAAUGACGAAGCGAGAAAGGUGUUAGUUAUUACCAGCAUAUUAGUGCAAUAAAUUCAAAAAGAAACGUCGUGACUUGUUGAAAUGUAUGUGUACAAGUUAUGUAACUGUCUUUUUUUUUUUUUUUAAAUGUUAAUAUUUCUUUGAGAUAUAAAUUAAUGUGCUCAAUACCAAUGCGUGCGUAAAGUUUACACUAGAGGACGAAGUGCUAUAUGUAGCAAACUUAUUAUUGAAUAUUAUUAUUUAAUUCCCAUGUUAAUAACAUGUAGAUAAACAUCCAUUAUGAUGGAAACGAUAGUACUUUUAGCAUUCGUAGAGCAGUUUUUUUUGCGGUGAGGUAAUUACGUAAAAAUUAAUGUCACAGGUGUAUGAGAAACUGACGAAUUUGCAAAGCAUAUCAGAGUUCGUAAUCAUGAGCUAGCAAAAAUCUUACAAUUCUUGCUAUAAAAGUAGAAUAAAAUAUAUCAGUGUGUGUACACACACUCUGUUAACUUUGUACAUAAUAUGUUUCUUUAAGGCCGAAGCACAGACAUUUUGCAUAACGCAUAUGACAUAUAAGAAAAUUAACCAAUCCAGCUUUUCGUUUUCAUUUCUACUUCUUGUUCUAGAAAGCUUUGAUCGGUUAAUUCUCUUAUGUCUUAUGCGUUAUGCAUUACGCAAAAGUCUGUGCUUCGGCCUUUAACAUGAAGAAAUACGUUGUGUGUGCGUGUACGAAUACGUAUAUGUAUAUAUACAUACAUACAUAUAUACACAUACGUAUGUAUGUACGUAUGUAGAUGAUAGUUAUACAUAAUAUGAUUAUAUAAUUGAAAGCAACCUUUGCAUUCUGCUAAGAGAUUAGUCGUAUAGAUUUAUGUAGAACAAUCGGUUACGAGUAUAUAUUUCAUAUUGUGCUUUCAUUACAAAGACUCUAAUGACAUAAUUAUUAAACAAAUGUAUACAUUGUAUUUUUUUGUUUAUAAUAGAUAUAAUAAUAUUUGUAUUAUAAUCAGAUAUAAUAAUAUUUGUAUUAUAAUCAGCCGACUAUACUCAAGCCGCAUAUAUCGGCCUGUGAUGUGAAAAGAAUAGGAAAAUAUUUUUUUGUGUAUGUUAAUCAACUUUAUUUAUACCAUUACUGUAUAAAUAUGUGUCAAUCGAUUAGAGUAAUUUAUAUGUAUUGUCGUUCAAUAUUUUAUUCUCAUAUUUAACAACGAAAUAUAAAAGCAGGCGAUUCUACGUUUGUAGAUAUUUAAUUCAUAGUAUUUGUAUAUAAAUACAGUUCUUGUUAUCUUACGGGAACAUCUAAUUUUUCAUCAUUAUACGUAUAGCUGCAAAACAAUUGUUUUUACCUUUUUUAUCACAUGUAAUAAAUCUCUAUUAAACAUGUUCAUUAGACGUCAUGGAAUUAUGGACGUUAAGUAAAAGUUUAAUAAUUAUUAUAUUGAUGUGAAUCGGUGUUCAUAUCUAUAUAAUCUUAAAAAUGUUUCAUAUAUACUCUCUUAAUAUACAUGUGUUAGAAUAAUAAAUAUUUUUGACAACAUUAUAUAUUUGAUAUUUGAUAUUUGAUGCUUUCAUAAUGUAAUAUAAAAAUUUCGGAAAAUGGAUUGCAACAGAUCAGGAAGUAUAAAACAGUCAAGCUUGUGUUUUACUAAGAUCUGUUUAUGUUAUUAUUAUAGACAAAUUCACAGCUAAUUUUAAACAAAUGUUUCGCACUUAUAAAAAGUACCGUACGAUGUCAUUAAAUUUUACGGUUUUGACAUCUUUUAAGGAUCUAGUGCCAAUCUACGAUUAAAACAUUAUUCAAAAUCAUUUGCACAGUUGUCGAUAGAUGUUGUCGACUUAUCACUAAGAGUUCUAAUGCGUCAGUUAAAUUUAGCAGAUAUAGAAUUGUUAUCGCGGAUUCAUAAAAGGAAGUGUGGUUUCCUUUCCACCAAUAUUUCUCUUUUAAACUUAUUACAAUGACAGUCCAAUUGUCGCGGUAACACUGCGAAGUUCGCAAAAAAAUUUGACUUUAUCGUGGUCAACUAAUCUGUUAACAAUUUCGUAUUUCAUCCUUGAAUGUUUGAAUCAUGCGAUAGUAACAAUAUUAUUUUUUGUGUUGGUAUUUUAUCUUUCUUCUUGAUCGAAUAAACAGAAAACAUUUAUUGUACAAAUAUAUGCCGUGUGAAUAAUACUAUCCACGUUGCGAUUACUCUGUGAAACUAUCAUAAAAAAAGAUUUUGUUUACUACAAUCACGAUUAAAAGAGCAAGUUGCACAUAAAAAAUCAUGGUUUAUUCAAGGUUUAUUAGUAACUAUUCGCUGUGUUUGUGGUUCUAUUAAUGUGUUACAAUAGAAAGUAUAUAUAAAAUUUAUAGUGGAAAGUAUAUAUGUGUAUAGAUAUAAAAUAUCUAAUUAGUUUCUAUUUUGAUUCGAUUAUUCUUUUCUGAUAAUCUUUACCGCUUAUGAAAAUCGACUGUAAAAGUGAAACAUAUUUAAUGACAAUGCAAAGGAUGUUAUGGUUUUUACUUUUCGCUGCUCAAAUAUUUCACAGUUGUGGAAAAGUAAUUCUUUUACGUGGAAGUUCACAUUAUCCUUAUUCAUUUAAUAUACAUCAUCUAGUAAUUGAGAGAAAAUAUAUAUGUCUGUCAGAAGACGACGGCGGCGCACUUGUAUGGAAUGACGAUAUAAAACAAUAUCAGCAAGGAACUCUUACUCCUAAGUCAUUUGUAGAGCCUCAGAGUAUACAUAAAAACAAUACUUGGAUAAAGUGCAAAAUACUAGGAUUUGAAAAUAUAGAAUAUACAGAUCCAAACUGUUUAGAAUCUUGGUUUAGAAGAAACUGGUUUCUUACAACAUCUAUAAAAACACCUAUGGGUCCGGUAUUUGAUCAAAGAUGGGAAGAAUUAUACAACAACGAGAAUUCCUUCACUGCAGGCCUUUUACAGGCCGGUGCGAUGUCUAUUUCAAUUCGUUCAUGCCAGGACACACAGAUUUUUAUCUGUCUCACUGAUAAUAGCAGAGAAUGGUCUAAUGCUGAUAAGAGCAGAGAAUGGUCUACCGCUGAAAAUGUGUGGAAGAAUUGCUUUCGGAUACUAUUAAAAUACAAGACAAAAUCCAGCAUCGACUUCUGCAAAUUUGUUUCUAUUCAAAAGUUUCCUCAUCCUGAUAUACGGGAUUUUAAGGUUUUCAAUCACAAUUGCUCUUCCUCCAUCGUAACUUGCGAAAAAUGCUUGUCAUUAUCUGCGACUGAAUGGCGAACGUUUGUCAUUUCAUGGGAUUUCUGGAAAAGAAAUAUUUCUGUUUAUGGUACUAAUAACGAAAUGCUUACAUUUGAAGCAGAACAGUUUGACUUAACUUCAGAAGAAAAGGUUGUCUUAUUUUCUUUUCCUACAUCAAAUUAUUACAAACGUCGAACAGUGUUGUAUCGCUUUCAUUACUACUCUUUUCUGCACACAAUUGACAAGACUGCAGUUUUGACGACUCGUUAUUAUAUACCUAAUACUCAGAAGAUAUGCAUACAAUUAUUAUUAGGCUUAUGUGCAGAAUGUGAUGCAGACGUUGCGAUGAUUGAUUCCAAAAGAUUAAAAAUAUUACAAUCUGUAACAGCUACAGGCUCAUUAAAUGCUGCGAUUCAUGGCUUACCUAUGUGGCAACUCGUUAAAUUUGAUGGAUAUUUUUCUAUAGACACUAUUGGUGCGGUAAAAAUCCGCGUAAUACCCAAACUCACGAAGCUUACUCACAAUCCGUUGUGGGCAAUAGGUGAUCUUCGUGAAUGUCCCAAUAAAGAAGUUUUGAGAAAGGUAAGUGGUAUACAAGAACACUAUGAUUUUAUUCUGUUGCCGAAUGUAACAUGCCAAAAAUUAUUCUUCAACGAAAAUACCGUCGUAAGUUCUCUGUCGACAGCAACAAACAGUAUGGAUCUAGAUGAUAAAAUUUGUCUUGAGGGACAUAUUGGACCAGAAUGUUCCUUUUCCUGCAAACAUGAUCUGAACAGUACCUUUAACUGCAGAGGAACUGCAAUUUGUUACAACACUGGUUGUUUAUGUUCUCCAGGAUUUCAAGGCAAUGUAUGUACUAAUAUAUGUGACGAGAAUUCGUAUGGACAUAAUUGUAUAAAAAAAUGUGGUUUUUGUAAACCUACUGACACUCUUAAAUGUGACAAAGUAACUGGAGAAUGUAUAAGCGGAUGUAAUGAUACAUCAGAAUUAAAAUACGUGCCACCUUUGUGUCACAUAGGUAUAAAAAAGCUCACAGUACCUGAAAUUGUCUCUGUUACUUCAACAAGCAUUCGUACUAAACUUCCUAUAGUGUGGAAGGAAAAAUAUGAACAAAUAACGAUAAAGUAUUUCUUCACUCUUAUGGGAGAAAAUAAUUACACUUCUUCACAAUCAUGGAAUAGACUGUUUCAAAAUAUGACACAUUUGAUAGGAUAUUUUACUCAUUUAAAUCCUGGUUCUGUUUAUUCAGUCAAAUGCACAUUACUUGCAGAGAAUGUAAUAAUUGAAAGCAACUGGCAAACUGUGAAAACUGAUUGCGAACAUUCAAUGGCUAACGAAUUGUGGUUACUUCCAAUAUUAUUGUUCAUCAUAAUUGCUACUGUUAUUUUUUAUAUCUAUCGAAGAAGAAGACGUCAAGUAGUGAGACAGAUAAUGGUGCAAAACGAGAUGGAAAUGUGGCAAAAUACUGAGAAAACAUCUGUUAAACUUUUCAGUACUUAGUAAUACUUAGAUUGUCAGUAAUAUUAAAAAUAGUAACAAAGUUUUACUGAUUUAUCCUUGACAAUAAAAAACGAAACUAACAUCUGGCUAAUAUUCUUGGUAUCAUAUGNCGUAUUAACAAAUUAUGUAAGAUUUGCUAUAAACAAUAUUUAUUCAAAAAACUUUGAUUUUUAUAAUAUANUGUA